CGCUGACUUCUGUCUAUCCUAGUACCUAGUUAGCAUCGCGACAUCAGCCCCCGCCUCAGCUUAUGAUCUGUAACCUUACCUACACAGCGGGAAUUUUUCCAUUAGUUAUCUCUACGAGAUGUAUCAGAAGAAGUUGGAGAGACCCCCUUCCUAGAGACUUACGGUGUAUGCACUCAUGCCCGUUUGGGAUGUGCAAACACGAAUUCAGUAAAUUCUGCAUGAAUGAAGGGCAAGCAUGAAUACGCUAUUGAGAUACACUGAGCUCCCUAAUAUUAAGUUUAAAUACCUUGCUGCCGAGUUCAAUUAGAUAAGCUUGUCGUCUGAUUUCCCUCAGUCUAUCCUUUGACAGAUUCAUACAGCAAAAUUCAGAAAAUGGCAGAGAAAGUACUUCCCACGGUCCCGGAAGAGGUCACGGCUUCGUGGCUCACCGAAGUGCUAGGGACAAAAGUUAAAUCGAUCAAUGUCACGAAGACGAUGCCUGGAACCGCUAGCAAGAUCUGCGUUACCGUUGAAUACGAGGAUGCAAACUCCGACAAGACGAGACCAACCGAUCUCUGCGUCAAAGGCGGCUUUAACCCCGCCUUUAUCGAACAAUUGCCCUGGGUCGUCAUGAUUUAUCAACGUGAGGUUGAGUUCUUCAACCAGGUGGCUCCGACACUUGAUCACAUGGAGCUCCCCAAGUCCUGGUGGGCCGGUCAGAAUGCCAAGCAAGGCAUAGUGAUUAUGGACGACCUGGCCUCUCAGGGGUGCCAGUUCGGUGAUCCCACCGAGACUUGGCCAGUCUCGCGGGUCCGCGCCGGUCUUGAGCAGCUCGCCGCACUGCACGCCAAGACGUGGAACGUCAAGCCCGAAGACUACCCUUGGCUCACCUCCGACUACGACCAAGCCAUUCUCACUCUAAUGAAGACAUACGACGCCGUCGUCAAAAGCGAAGGACGACCAGUCAUCCACGAAUACCUAAAAGACCAAGAACGAAUCACCGCCGUCCUCAAGAAGCAUUACGGCUCGAGAAACCCUAAAUUCCGAUGUCUAUUACACGGAGACGCCCACGCUGGCAACACAUACCUCGACAAGGGCGCUCCUAGGUUCCUCGAUUGGCAGAUGAUCCAUAUCGGAUCAUCCUUCCACGAUGUGUCAUAUUUCAUCGCCAGUGCUCUUACAAUCGAGGACAGGAGAGCUCACGAGUUCGAGCUGCUUGACCACUACCUGGCUACGAUAGCGAAGUACGGAACGCCGACUUUCUCAAGCAAAGACGAGGAUGUUUUAGCGGAAUACAAGAAGUCCUUCCUAGUAGGCAUAGGCUGGAUUAUGUGCCCUUACGAGAUGCAACCAAAGGAGUGCGUUCACGCCAUGGCCGUACGGCACGCUGCGGCUUUAGAUGACCACAAGGUCAUCGAGUUCGUCGAGUCGUUGCCAGCCAUUGAAUGAUCGGGGCAACAUCACAGCUUGGCCUGACUCUUCACCUCACAACGCAAAAUAAUGGUACCAAAAAUAUUAACAGGUCCGCCCGUGGAAUUAAGCUCCAUUGGAUAGAGCGCGUUUGUGGGGAUUAAGUUAGAUUAUUAAUCAAAAAUAUCAUAUCCAAUAUUCGCACUUGAUCGGUCUGUCUGUUCACGAGAUAAACUUCUUAGGGAUCUGAUUUUCAGAUUUUCAGGAUUCGCAGAUGAGUAUUGGCGGUUCAUGGUAUUGGGUAUUUUGAAGAUCGUAGGGAGCUCGGAUUGUUCGAGAUGUCCGAAAUUUUCUAACGUCACUCCUGGAACGCAUCCAUGGAAUGAAUCAUAUCGAGGUUGGCACUGUACCAACCACGAUUGAGCGACUGGAGUUUUACCCCCUAGUCGUCGCGUGUUUGUAG